AUCCACAUCAACUGGCAAGUACUCUCCAAGCCAUGAGUGAAUCUAUGGCUAUGCCUUAUGCCACCAAAAGUGAAUUUAAGGCGUUUACGUCAGACCGCCAAGUCGCUUGCGGAUAUAUGGACUCCGAGGGUCUACUUGCCGGCUUCUACCCGAAGACGCCUCCUAACAGCCCCCGCACGGUUCCUUUGGAGCCUGUCUAACUAAGUACAAGUCUAAGUGAGAGAGUUGAGCUUUAUCCGAAGAACAUGGUCAUCAGUGCUAGCUGCUACGACGGUGAUGCGCUUUCAUUCAUUGGGUUGGUAUAAUCUAUGCAAUUUUAAUUUGGGGGAUACGGGGGUGUCGGCUGUUGCAUUGUGUCUGUGCAAUUCCUGAUAGGCUAGACAGGCCACAUGUCUCUAAUAACUGUGUAAUGAGGAGUACAGUAACUUGAGAUAUACACAAUGGACCGAAUCCCCUG